AUGCGAAGAAAAGAACCUUGUCUUAAACUGGAAAAAUGUCAUUUCAUGGUUAACGAUGGAAUAGUGUUAGGACAUAAGGUUUCGGCCGCUGGUAUAGAGGUAGAAAGAGCUAAGAUUGAUAUAAUGACCAGUUUACCUCCACCCAAAACUGUUAAAGACGUGCAAAGUUUUCUCGGACACACCGGAUUUUACAGGAGAUUUAUACUGGAUUUCAGCAAAAUCGCUAGACCUCUAAACAACCUGUUAUGCAAGGAUAUUAAAUUCGAUUUUACCCCUGAAUGCAUGAAAGCUUUUGAAGAUUUAAAGAAAUCCCUUAUCACUGCUCCCGUCGUACAAGCCCCCGACUGGAAUCUUCCUUUCGAAAUCAUGUGCGAUGCGAGCGAUUUCGCAAUUGGAGCAGUUUAG